AUGCCGCGCACGGCCGACGCUCCGCAGCGGGGCGGCAGCCUGGGCGUGGCCGUGGAGCUGGCCGACGCCGGCGGACUUCAGGGUCAGAUCGUCCGCCUGCCGGGGUCGCCGUUCGGAGAGGGGCGGGGUGCGUUGAGGCGGCUCGGGAGCGGGCCAGUGCGCCCUUCGGGUCUGGCGCCACCAGAGCAGAGCGCACCGUCCGGGCCCGCGAGGUCUGCGUCCUGGCCCGCGGGCACGCAGGGCUUCAGGGAGGACGUGGAUCGCGACGAGCGGCGAAGGGAGAGGAACAGGCGUGCGCAGAGGGUGUUCCGCGAGAAGCAGAGGAAGAGGAUCGCGGCCCUCGAGGGCGACUCCUCCAGCCUGAGGGAGAAGGUCCGUGCUCUUUCAAUUAAGAACACUCAAAUCAAGAGAGAGAAUGCAAAUCUGAAGAAGCGCAUGAACGAAGUGAAGAAAGGCAAGAUGGGAGGCGUUUCUGGCGGCCAACAAGCCAACGCGAGUGGCGCCAAAUAG